CAAGCUCCUGGCCCACCCGUCGAACACUGCCAUGAAGUUGUCUCCCGGCGGCCACCAUUCGUUGCCGCGCAAAAAGACGCCGUUGGACGGCAGGAGCAACUCGUCCACCACGGCCACCGCCAACAUUCAGCAGUUCCAACGGGGCCAGCCGUUGAGGAGGAGCUGCCUGUCGCCCACUCAGUACCAUCAUCAGCAGCAACAACAUCAACAGCAGCAGCAGCAGCAGCCGCCACCGCCGCACCAUCAUCAGCACCGUCAGCAGGAGAGCUCGCUCCACUUCGAGUACUUUGUGCCACGUAGCGUCAGUGAGUUCAAUCUCGCAGCGGCCGCUGUCACUGACAUGGCAGUGCCGCCGCCGCCGCCAGCGUCGGUCCUGAGGCCUUCUUCGGCGAUUACGCCGCCGGUUGCCGUCGGAGUGGCUACUACUGCCGCCGGCACUAGUCAGACGCGGUUGUUGGACGGUGGGGGCAACACUGCCACCAGGAGUCGCGAGAAAAUGGUCACGUUCGAAGACGAGGGGGUCAGUUGCGCUACUUCGACGCCUACUAGGAAGAAUCUACCCGGCUUGGAAAACGUCUUCAUGUGACGCUUUCGUGGCUUCCACGGCUAAUGAAGCGACUCGUUCUGCGCGGAAAAAGAGAAAACGUGGACGAGAGCGUCGAGAAACGGGCCUCGACGUCGUCCUCGUGGAUAAAGAGGAGAGAAUCCGACGUAUUCAAAACGCUCAAACGGAAGGUAGACCGACGAUGUCGGACGGUGAGGAUCGACAUUGUCAAAUUGUGUCGAGUUAUUGAAGACGACAUGGUAAUCGAGGAACCCGUUAGGAUUCACGUAAUUUUCGACUAAGAUGGAAUAUGAAGGAAACGAGAAAACGAAAAGGUGAGACGAGGAGGAAACGUCGACAACGUUUAUAAGACUGCAAAAACCUGCACAACGCUACGACGUGGAGGCUAACGCGAGAAUAUGCUAGAUAUCAUGCCGAGAAUGGUAGAAUGGAGACUACUAACUUACACUAAGACUGGACUCCAAGCGGAACAGAACGUCAGGAAAGAUUUCGUGUGCGAUGGUAUCUUUGUCAAAGAAUCAUUCGAUGUAAAUGUUUUCAACAUUGUGUGGACCUUAUCACCGCACGGAGAGCGCUCCGGGCUGACAACAGCAGCUUUUGAGCAACGCAGAACCGCGAAAAUUGUCCAAGAAAAGCAAGAAUUUUAAUUAUAUACAUUUCGGAUGCUUUCUGAAAGCAUCUCGCGUGAGAACAUUUUCGCGGACGUCUGCGUCGUUCAGGAUAAUUUAUUUGUUUGAUGAUGGUUUCUUUUCUUUUUAAAGAUGUGACGUAUUCCAGUAAGUUUUCCAUCGCCAUUCGCGAUCCUCAAGCACCGAGACUGCACGAAAGCGAGGAAUAAAAGACAAAUGCCAAAUACACGCUCAGAAAAGACAGGAGGAGAAGACGAAGGCGUUAGAGUCGACACCGAAGAGUUUGUCGCGAACGAAGCGGACUUCUCCUCGGCCGAGUGCCGACUGUAUAUUUCUUAUUAACGGUUAGGUCGUAAUUAUCGUUAUUAUACCACUUGCGCACCGCGUAGGAUAUCUAUUGAGUAUCCAAAUUUUAUGUCCAAUAAGUCCGACUAUAUAUUCCGAAUGUUAUACGAAUAGCCUGUAUAUAUAUUCGAAAAAAGUAUAUUGAACAUUCUAUAUAUAUAUAUAUAUAUAUAUAUAUAUA